CGACCUCACAAGUGUGUAUUUGCGGAAUGUGGACGCAGUUUUACCCGUAAAUCGCACCUGAGUCGGCAUGCUUCAGUACACAGCGGCGUGAAAAACUUCAAGUAAUAUGGUUAUUAAAUACGAUUACUUUAAAAUAAGCUAAAUGGACAAAAUUAUCUUUUUGUUAGGCGUGUCCUGUCGUUAGACCUGUAUAGGCACAUGUUAGACACACUUUAGACGCCAUUUAGACACAUUUGGGUGAUCUUGGGUAAACCUUUUCUAAUUUUCUAAUUAAGUUAUGGCAUUAAUUAAAAGGCUAUAUGGUUUUUGUAGGCUACUUUAAAAAAAAAAAAAGUGUUUCCUUAAAGUACAUGACUAAAGUCGACCACAAAAUGCUAAAAUCAUGGCAUGAUGGAACUUAAAGAAAUUGUGGCCAGUUUAGAAACUAAUGAAGAUUCUUGAUGUACAGGCCUACUAUUUAUGGACUAACGAUUUUCUUUUUUUUUUUUUUUUUUUUUUUUUCUCUUUUGGAAAUGUUUAUCAUUGAGCAGGUGCACUGCUGAUGCAUGUGGCAAAAACUUCUAUGCUGCAGACAAACUUAAGAGGCACGUGCGUUACGCGCACAGUGAAAAACGCGAUUACUUCAAGGUUUGACUCCCAUUUUCUUUCCCCACCAUUAAUUUACUGGCUCUUGCCACAUUUAGUUUUUCGCGGAACAAGUUUUAAGCUUCUCAAGACGGAGUCUGUUUCCCCAGUGUAAAGAGCCUCAUUGCGCAAAGACGUUCAGGAAACGGCGAGCGUUAAAACUGCACCUGGCGACGCACGGUACUUCAAGUUUCAGAUGCUUGAAAAGCGGCUGUGGAAUGAGGUUUGAGUCUCAUAUUGCACGGAAAGCUCAUGAUAGAAGACACAUAGGUUAUCGCUGUCUUUAUGCUGAAUGCCCCAUCAGUGUGCACACUUGGAGGAAUUUACGGAAACACGUGGCGAGUCACCCAGCAUCGUUCUCCUGUAUGGUAUGUAAAAAGGCAUUUCGGAAACGUGAUGCCUUGAGGAGGCACAAGCGGACACAUGCGUUGCAGAAGCCAGUUUUGCUAUGUCCCAGUCAAGGUUGCCAGGCGUACUUUUCCACAACCUUCAACCUGCAGCACCAUAUUCGAAAGGUCCAUCUGCAGCUUCUCUCACACGGCUGUUCCUUCCCUGACUGCAGCAAGACUUUUGCCAUGCGCGAAAGCCUUGUCCGCCACAUGUUGCGUCAUGAACCUGAUGUGGCCAAACUCAAGCACCCACAUAAGCGGAGCAGCAAGAGUUGGCAGAAGCGGUUGGAAGGGCGAAAUCGACGUCCUCUGGUUGAAAACCUUCACUCGCUUUUUUCAUUGCGCAUGAACAUCACUCAGAGGGCCAAACUAGAAGCUGAUCUGACGGGCCUGUUUAAUGAGCGUAAAAUCCCACACCACGUUGAUCCUGAAGUAAACCUGCAAGAUCUGUUCAGUGUCCGGCCAACUCCAAAGGUGGUUGGUUGAUUUAUAAAAAAAAAAAUAUCAUUUUCUUUUUUUUUUUUUUUUUUUUUUUUUUUUCUUUGUGUAUAUAUAUAAACUUGCAAAUACUGUACUAACACAAACGCCCAGUUUAUUUGAAGAAUGUUUUGUUUAAUGUUAGUACUUGAAGUACAGCUUUUCUUUUAUUAGGCUACUGAGAACAGAAAUUAGUUUUUGUGAGUUUGAGUUCUAUACUAAAUAAAAGUGGUUCAGGUUUGUCA